GAUUGUAGAGAUCGAAUAAACGCCAAGGGGCGAUCAACGUUGUACGAUUGAUGAGGAAGCCGAUGUCGAGGAUAUCGCGAGUUAACGUGCUCGCGUUAACUGUUGUGAUUCAAUAAGUUUUUUUUUUUGGUUUGUGGUGAAAAUUUAUCGGGUCACCCAGUGAUUUUUGUGUCUUUCGGAUUAUUCUUCAUCAUUCUGUUGAGUAUAUAAACGGAGGAGGAGAGAUAACGGCUUCAAGAUGAUGAAAACAAAGCAUCAGGGCCUCGUGGCCGAUCUCAUGCCCAACAUAAGGCUGAUGCAGAUCAGUGGACACUUUAUGUUCAAUUAUUAUGGGGAGGGAAAGAAGCUCAUGCACAAAGUCUACUGCAGUGUCCACCUAUUCCUGAUCAUCCUUCAAUUCGGAUUAUGUGGGAUUAAUCUGGCAAUGGAGAGUGGUGAUGUUGACGAUCUCACAGCGAAUACCAUCACAGUCCUCUUCUUCUUGCACUCGGUCGUCAAAGUCGUUUAUUUCGCUGUGCGAAGUAAACUCUUCUAUCGCACAUUAGCUAUUUGGAAUAAUCCAAACAGUCAUCCAUUAUUCGCUGAGAGCAAUGCGAGGUAUCACUCCAUUGCGCUCACCAAAAUGCGUAGGCUGUUGUUCUGCGUUGGUGCUGCUACUGUAUUGUCCGUGAUAUGCUGGACGGGUAUCACGUUCUUCGAGGAUCCUCACAAGACCAUUACGGAUCCCAUCACCAAUGAAACGAGUACUAUUGAGAUUCCGAGGCUCAUGGUGAGAUCGUUCUAUCCAUUCGAUGCUCGCCACGGUGUGGCCCACAUUGCAAUGCUGGUAUUCCAAUUCUACUGGCUCAUGAUCACCAUGGUCGACGCCAACUCCCUGGACGUUCUCUUCUGCUCGUGGCUACUAUUCGCUUGUGAACAACUGCAGCAUCUCAAGGCCAUCAUGAAGCCCCUGAUGGAACUCAGCGCGACCUUGGAUACCGUUGUGCCGAACAGUAGUGAACUGUUCAAGGCCGGAAGUGCUGAUCACCUGCGAGAAACAAACGGCACUCAGCCCUCAGCAACACCCCAACAAGGCGACAACAUGCUUGACUUGGAUCUACGAGGGAUUUACAGUAAUCGCCAGGAUUUCACCGCGACAUUCAGGCAAGCAGCCGGUAUGCAGUUCAACGGUGGAGUCGGACCCAACGGAUUGACCAAGAAGCAAGAGAUGCUGGUGAGAAGUGCGAUUAAAUACUGGGUUGAGCGACACAAGCACGUCGUGAGACUGGUGACCGCCAUUGGAGAUGCUUAUGGAGUUGCCCUUUUGUUCCACAUGCUGAUCACCACAAUCACCCUGACCCUGCUUGCAUAUCAAGCAACGAAGGUCAAUGGCGUCAAUGUUUAUGCUGCAACAACAAUUGGAUAUUUGCUUUACUCUCUGGGGCAAGUCUUCUUGUUCUGCAUAUUCGGAAAUCGUUUGAUUGAAGAGAGCUCGUCGGUGAUGGAGGCAGCCUACUCCUGCCACUGGUAUGAUGGCUCCGAGGAGGCCAAGACGUUCGUGCAGAUUGUCUGUCAACAGUGUCAAAAAGCCAUGUCUAUAUCGGGGGCCAAGUUCUUCACGGUAUCUUUAGAUCUCUUCGCCUCGGUUCUCGGUGCUGUUGUAACGUACUUUAUGGUGCUGGUACAGCUGAAGUAAAUUAUCGAUAGAAUGAAGGGUCAUUGGAAGGGUUUCAAAACGGAAAUCAAUAGGGGAACAACGAAAAGGGGAGAUAGACAAAGAUCUCAGACAAUUCAACAAUUUUCUCAUCAAGCUUUUGGUCCUUACCAUACUGGGUAUCUUUUUAAAUUUCCUGGUUGAAAUUUUCACCAUCAUCUGCGGUAUUAUUGUGUUAUUGAUUCUUGGGGAGAGAGAAAAGAAGAAAAUGAUAGAGAAAUAUUGUAGAGUUUAUUCCGUCUUCUUUUCUCAUUUAUAUUUAACUUUGUAAUGAGCGGAAGCAGAUUCAAGGGGUUGAAAGAGGGGGGAAGUGGUGUGGGAGGGGGAGGGGAUGUUUUUACUAGGGAUCACGGUUAUUUGAAAUUUAAAUAUUAAGAAGCACAGAGUUUAAUUCUGUAUACAACCGGCACAUUUGAGAUUUUGGGGGGAAAAUAUUACGCUAUUUAUAUUAUAGAUAAUUUCAUAAAUUUUGUAACUUAUUGAAACAGAGCGCAAGUUUUGAAUUUUUUCAUAGUAAUCGUAAACUAUUCCCUACAAUAGUCAUACAAUUAGCAACUAAUGGAAAUACAAAAUAAAAAUGUGACCUUCAAGUUGACAUCAGUAGAUAUUCCGACGAAAAACUUGCGCUCUGCUUUUCGCUCUGUCGUGUGUUUUUUUUUUGUUCCAGAGAAUAUUUGUGAGUGUAAAUAAAUAUUAUUAUUGAAUAUUUAAAAGUGAAGAUUAAACAUUCAGAUAUCGUGAGGAUGACCAUAUACAAGUAAAAGAAAAAUGAAAUUUUAUCACAGUCAAGUUGUAAUAUACGAAAAUCCACGAGUUACUUAAUCUCCUGUUAUAAUUGUGAUUUAUGAAAAAUAAUUCCCCGAAUACUUUUAUUUCAUUUUCUGUUUGUUUAUUCUUGUAUUUAAAUAAUAAAGGGUUUUUUAAAAUAUAAUUUCGUGUCUUACUCGGUUCGCCGUCCACUUACUUUUUGCCCUAUUUACACAUUCACGUACACAUUUAUUCAGAAUAAAGAACUUUGUCGUUUUCCCUCUUAUAUUCUAACGAUGAGGAGAAAAAUUAAUUCAUGUCGCAUUUCAUUUUAGUUUUCGAUCUGUUG